AUGUUGCUUUAUGGUGAUCAGGAGGCCUCACCUGGAGCACGGGUGAGUACUCCAGGUUAGUAAUAUGUCUCCUGCUUCGCAAAGUGGCUUCAGGGUAGGAUUUAGUCAUGGAUGGGUUCACUGAGCUGAGGGUGUGCAGCAGCGUAACCCUGUGACCAGGCUUUGAUACUAGACUGGCACAGGUAAGGGACCAUGGAGGAGCUUUUGGUACAGGGAGCAAGAAAGGUGCAUCAUACUGUGUCCAGCUGUCAUUGUCUGACCUCCUGCAGACAUCAGUAGAGUAAUUCUGAAACGUUAUGUCUUGAUUUAACUUGCACAGUCAGAGAAACAGAUGAAACAGGAUAAGGAUUGUCAAAUUUAAGCUUGCGUUUAUUAAAGUUAGAGUGAAUUAGUAUCUAGCAAAACACAUGUGUGCCACGGCCCUGACAAUUUGACUUCUAAAUCAAAUUAUCAAACAAGUAAGGCAAUAAACCCUGCCAGAUGAAACUGCAGCCCACAGUGAGACCACAGCUAUGGGCAUCACUUGGGCAAGCCCACUGUGGGCCUGUGCAGGUUAGGUGCAGGCUGCCAUAGCCCUCACUGCCCACACACAACCCGCACAGGCCCCUCAGAGGCUUGCUUGCAGGGAAGUCAUCUCCAUGCCAUGUAUUAAUUCUGCUCUGUCACUGAACCAGCUGCUUCCAAUGAGCAGCCAGGAAGGAGAGCUCAUUAGUGAAGGCACCUGGUUCAGUAACUGAGCAGAACAAAUACAUGGCAUGGAGAUGACUUGGUGACUCCACAUUUUCCCAUCUCUGGUUACCGUUACAUAUUUUCUUCACACAUAACCUGGUAACCCAGAGAUGUUGUGACUUUUGUGUUUCUUGGGUGGAUGAAAGUGUUUUAAAUGAGAAUGAGUGAGUAAUACAGAGGGAGAGAAGAAAGUGAAUUAGACUGUGACAGACAAAGUGCUUCCAGGGCUUAUUUUUGAUUUCUGACUUCUAUUUAAAUCGUUAAAAUUGCCUGCUUAUCAAGUUUCCUUGAUGUAAAUCAUCAGUGAGCUUGAAUCCUUUAAAUCAGCAGUAUGAGAGCAGAGCAUUUGUCAAGACACCAGGCUGGUGGAUCUGAUGGUCUUUUUAUUGCAAGAGCAGUUGUGCUGCACAUUUACAUAUUUAUAGAAAAUAAAUGAGGACAUCAGAUACUGUAUCCAUGUUUUAUGCCAAGUAAUUCAUUUUUUACAUGAAAAUAACAGGGUAAAGAGUGUUGUUGACAGACAACACUGAACAUCAUUUAAAAUAAUUGGAGUUUAUUGUAGGAGGAGAACCAGACCCAUGUGUACAAACAUUUUUACUUGAACUCAGUUAAGUGUGCUCUUUCUUCAAUAAGCAAUACCAGUUUUCAUUCAAUAGAAAGAGAGUGGUAAAGCAAGAUUCAGAGCUGUGUUUUGUACUGGCUGAAAAGGCGGGUCAAGUAAACAGCACAUUUUUUUUAAGUGAAAUGAUUCUUUUAUGUCUUGUGCCUCGCCAACCAACUGGGGUCCAGGCUGCACAAUCACAGACACUGAACUAGAAUGCCAACUCAGCAGAGGCUAUCUUCUGAAACCCAGCACAAAGCACAGGUCUUGGUGACGACUACUGUGACCGUAGUCACACUUACCUCAAUAACGUAAAAGUACAUUCCAUUACAGGAAUCAAUAACUCCUCUGAGAUCUUUUAGGUGUGUGUAGUCAUCCAGGUACCACCAGAGGACGGCUGGAAUGAAAAAAAAAAAAGAGAUGAAUUACUAUCUACCCCAAUAUCACCCUCUGUAGUCUCCUCCACUCCGCUGGCUGAGACUCAACAAUGUGAUGACUGAGUUUGUUAGCACUAUGAUUAAGCCCUUAAGUUAUUAGAUUAGAGGUGAGAUGGUUAUGAAAACAGAAAACAGACAUUCAGUGCUUGAGGAAAUAUCAAAACAGAACUAGACACUAGAAACCAGAGUGAACCAUGGAUGAUGCCAUUAGAAAGCACAGGAGUGAUUGUUUUUCCUUCAGAGCUCCUACCAAUGGACUACAGAGAAAGAGCUGGCGUUACUGUUCGCCUUAGUGCCUGUAGUUGAAAUCACAGGGCAAAGUGACUCCGCCACUCAGCCAGGAGAACCAGCCUCCAGCAGCUCUGCCAACAACCCUCCACCCACUGUUAACAGUAUGAACUCAACAUUCACUGUGCGAGAUUCAGUGAGAUUUACAAGAUUGAGGUUAAACCUUCCAAAAAAAUUUAAAACUGAGAUAAAAAUGAAAUAAGAAACUACAUUAAUAUGAUACAGUUUUAUCAAAUGGAGAUGUGGGGAAUUCAAAUUUUGCUGAUAAAUAUACUAACUAAAUGUAGUGUUAGUUCAGGCAGGCCACAAAGUCAAGCUCAGCCCACAGUGCAUCAGCUGAUAGCUUAGCCAUAACCUUCUUCACAUCCAACUGGCAGAUUUUAAAAUGAGUUGUGUUUAAAUUGCAUUUGCCUGCUUACUCUUGCCACUUCCUCCACAAACCACCUCCCCUUCAGCUUCUUUUCAUUCUGUUUCUGGGCAAAAGAGGGCAACUUCUUUUUUAAUGCUCGCCACAAAUCAGUGUAUGAAAGAAGAUACAAAAGAAAACUGAAAACAGCCAGAGGGUGAGUCGGUAAAGGUUAGAGGUUUUUCUCUCCUAGCAAUCCCCAGCUUUAUUGAUACAAACACUCACUGCAGCCGCGUUACCUGACAGCUGAUAAUAAAGGUAUAGAUGAAAACUCAAGCUUUGGAUGGUCUGCUUGCAUUAUACACAGUAGUAUCCAAUUAAUGUGGAGGUUUUGCCGCUCUGCUCAUUCUCACCUCCAUUGUCUCUGCCAGUUAAGCUCCAGCUCUCUGAAGGUAGAAGAUAAUGAUCAGCUCAGUGAGGAUGAGCAUCAUAAGACAGAGGGAAGACAGAGCAAGAGGGGUGAGGGUCCAUUGUUUUAUUCUCUAAUGUUUCUGUGAUGAGAAACUGGUAUCACUGAACUGUAAUAACUGUGAUGCUGCACAGCCACCCCUUGAAUCUCAACCCUUCUUAAGGCGUCUUGAUUGGACAGGCCAAGUUUUUGCGCUGCUGACAGGGUAUUAAAGAAAGAUAAGAAACUGGAUUCGUCUUUUUUUGAAAUUUUGAUGAAGACCCCUAAGUGAGGAGUAACCUAAUUUUUUCCCUUGAAAAUUAAAAUAUUUUUCAAUCACAUCUGGCAUUUUGCUAAGCGUAUUAAGUGCUCUGUCUCGAAUGAAAGCUUUUCUCUUUGAAUAAGCUGCACACAAGCUUAACUGACCCUCGGGGGAAAAAAAUGCUGUUUUCCUCACACCAGCCACCUCAAACUCACAGGCUAAAAUCCAUUGAAGAAGACAAAGAGGUCUGUGCACUGACACUCAGUGCAGAUUCUCCAAAUAUGAUUCAAACAGACUUGCAAUAACUUCCUUUCAGUCUCUUUUAUUACAUGUCAUAUCUGCAGAUGAGAUGAGCUGAAAUUGGUGCUUUCUCUCUCUCUGCCUCUCUCAUUGUUAACUUCCACUCUCACAGUGUUAUAUCAUGUCUGUGUGACUUCAGUGAUUCUCCUGCCAAUUACCUCCACUCGGAUGAAGUGAACGCGGCAGAAGUUUCAGUGAAAGCACACAAUUACCACCCGAACAGAAUUUAUAAAGAGUUUGUUUUGAAGCCUUUCAGUGUGACGUUGUAGCUUUUUCAUCAAGCUUCCUGCCAACAGAGUCACAUAAUCAGAGUGAAAUUUGAAGUGUGUUCCAAACAGCGCAGUGAAAUCUUAACAAUAUGUCUAAAUGUUUCAUUUGAUUAAAUACAUGCCUCAUUAUAUUAAAACAAAAGUCAAACCAGAUUCAAGUGAGUUAUAGUUAACUUCACAAAGGUUUUAAAAGUAUGUGCUAUUUUGGAUUAUUGAUAGGAAAAAAGGCUGGUCUACAGGGCUGUUAUGGAAAUGAACCUCAGGCUCAUAAACCUCACUUUGGCACAGGGAAACGAGAGGCCGUCUGAAUAAUUCACAUACAUAUUAAAUUUUAAAGCAAAGGUUUAUUUGUAUAUGCUCUCCCUCUCCUGGUAAUUUGCUGCGCCUGGUACGCCCUUUGCUGUAUUGCUGUACAUCCGAAAUAUAUCAAGAGAACUUCAGCUGAGCAGUGAUGAUGAAACACUAGCUGGGCCGCUCAGUAACAUCUUUGUACUGCUGCCAUGAAAGCACACACUGGCUGUGAGUCACACAUGCAGACAGGAUGAAUAAUUGAAGCUGUAGACAGAGUUUGGUUUAGAGCUGUAAGCUGAUAAGAAAGUGGACCACUUCAUCUAAAUAAACAGGUCUAAGAUUGGAGCUUGUUGUGGAGCAGGUAAUUUGCUUAUCGUAGCCUAAGUACUGCUGUGUUUUUCCACAUGGCUUCUCUCAGCACAGAAGAGUGUGUUCCUGAAGGAGGCCGCUUGGGAUAAAAGUAUCUGAAGGGAAUAAAAGUAUCAAACACUCUGAGAACAUCCUUUCAUCAUCCUCAUGGCGUUUGUGUUCCUGUGUGCAUACAUGCCUUACAUGUGUUCAUGCACUUCCUGGUUGCCAUCUAUAGACACCAAAGACUGAAAUAACUGCGGAUCAGCUCCACUUCUGAGACACACAGCUCAUAGUCAACCCCCUCAUCUAACAUCUAACCCCCUCCUUCCACCGCACUCGGAACAGCUACAAAAAGGCCAUAUCCAUUGAUCACAGCUGAUCGUAACCAUUCAAGUUAAUGUGUCAAUUUCCAACAGCUUCUUUCCAUUCCGCUGCGGAUCGCAAGAGUUCUAUUUUUUUUCUGCAUGCCGGAGAAAUUCAGCAUUGUGCUGGAAAGGAAGUCGGACACAGUCACAAAAUAAAACAUCCUGCUUCUUCUCAAAAUAGAAGACUCCAUGUUUCAGGCGGAUCGUAUUUCACAUCAUGCAAAUGAGCGGGGAUGAACAAGUGAAAGGUUUUUAGACAGUAUCUCACCCCGAUUCUUGUGAGUUCUCGCGAUUCCAGCUGUCUGUAAUCCAC